AUGGGUAUCCUUGUCAAGGAGGAAAUAUCGGGUCAAUAUGUGUACCUUAUGAAAGGCGCUGAUUCAGUGAUGAUACCUAGAGUAGCGGAGUAUGACAAGAAGAAUGCCUAUAUGGAGGAAGUUGUGGACGACUAUGCGUGUCAUGGAUUGCGGACGUUGGUGGUUGCGAUGAAGAAGAUGACAAGGGAAGGCUGUGAGGAAUUCGAAGCGGCAUACAAGGAUGCUACGUUGGAUGUGAGCGAACAGAGAGAGGAAAAGCUAGCUGAGAUAGUGGACCGUUAUUUGGAGACGAACCUGGAGCUGGUCUGCUUGACGGGCGUUGAAGAUAUGCUGCAAGACGAUGUGGCGCCGGUGAUCGAAAGCUUGCGUGUGGCGAAGAUCAAAGUAUGGAUGCUGACGGGUGAUAAGAUAGACACUGCAAUAUGUAUCGCGAUCUCUACCGCACUAAAGUCCCCUGAGCAAUCGCUUUUGAGGCUGGAGGCGAGCCAUGUACACAGCGCCAUCGAUGCACUGGCGGAUCUUCGAGAGGCUCGCAAUGCUAAGAUGGAGGGCCUCAGUGAUACGGUGGUCGUCAUUGACGGCACAGUGAGUGGCAGUGCUGGCAAUGGUGCUAUCAACAGGACUUUAUACAUCUGA